CCGGCCGGCUGGCCACAUUACCAAGAGAAUCUGGAGAAGGCCAGGCCGUACGGUCCCCGAGGGCGGGAUAGGGGACAAAGAUCCCGGCAAGGGGGCCUGGAGACAAGAAUGAGGUAUCGAGGCCUCGGGGGUCAAGAAAGGUGGAAGCAGUAUCCUGCCCAGGCUUCCCGGUGGAAGCUGAAAGCAAUGGCCCCUUUCCUCUGGAGGAGGAUCCCAGCACCCCAAGGUUCUCAGUUGUCAAAUCACAUUUCUCCUGGAUGGAGCGAGAGGAGGAGAGGCAGCUGUCAGACUCGGGAGAGAGGCAAGAGCUGAUGGUGAUCAAUGCAGGCUCUGACACACCAAGUGAGGAAGAGGAGGAAAUGGUGGAGGAAGGUGAGGAGCAAGAGACCAGGCCUUGCCCCAAAAGCUGUGAUUGCCCUCAAGUGGCACCGGGGCAGAAGGACGCUGAAGCAUCUGUCAGAGCAGACCCUCGACCGUUCCACUGCUCAGAGUGUGGCAAGGGAUUUGCCCAGAGCUCAAACCUGGUGAAACAUCAGCGGAUCCACACAGGGGAACGCCCAUUCCGCUGCCCUGAAUGCGGCCGUGGCUUCAGCUGGAGCUCCUCGCUGGCGGAGCACCUCAAGGCACAUGGUGGGCGCCGUCCCCACGCAUGCGGAGAAUGUGGAAAACGCUUCGCCCGUGGCUCUACGCUGGCAGAGCAUCAGCGGGUGCACACGGGGGAGAAGCCCUUCCGGUGCCAACAGUGUGGGGCCCGUUUCUCACAGAGUUCCACCCUGGCGCACCACUUGCGUACGCAUUCGGGCGAGCGCCCCCACACUUGCCCCGAUUGCGGGAAGCGAUUCGGGCGCAAGUCUACCCUCGUCACUCACCGGCGGACUCACACUGGUGAGAAGCCCUACCUCUGCAGGGAGUGCGGCCGCUGUUUCGGCGUCAGCUCUGAUCUUGCCAAGCACAUGCGCAACCAUCGCACUAAUGGCAGUAGCUGGAGAAAUACCACAGUAGAGGUGCAUCGCCCAACUCCAGUGCCAUUUGCAGAUCAGGGCACCCAGCAAAAUGAAGAAGCUUCUCCGAAGAGUUCAGAAGUGGCCGGGCAGCAAAAUAAUUGCAUAGAGGGGGACUGGGAGAAAUCGUAUAUGUGCUCUGAGUGUGGGGAUGGCUUCAGCCAGAGUUCAGAGUUGAUGAUGCAUCAGAGGAUCCAUCUGAGUGAGGUUGCUAACUGCUGCCAUCAGUGUGGAGAAGUUUUCCCUGACCAGUCAGAACUAGAUGCUCAUGUGGCAAGUCAUGGUAUGGAGAAGAAGCCCUACAAAUGCUCUGACUGUUAUGCAUGCUUCUCCAAAAGCUCUGCCCUCAAGAUACAUCAGAGAGUACACCUUGGAGAAGUGUCCCACAUUUGCCCCCAAUGUGGAGAGAACUUCCCCAGCAGUUCUGGCUUGGAGCAGCACCAGAGUAUGCACAACAGGGAGGAGAAUCCCUUUAAGUGUCUGGAGUGUGGGGCCUGCUUUGCUGAGACUGCUGCUCUUGCUUCACACCAGAGAAUCCACCUGGAUGUGGAAUCCUAUUCCUGCCCCAAGUGUGAGAAAACAUUUCCUGAUGGUGACGAGCUGGCACUUCACCGAGUGAGUCACACUGGCAAAGGAGGCGAGGAAGAGAAGCCUUAUAAAUGCCCUAUCUGCAGUGCUUGCUUCCCUAACAGCAGUGUUCUCACGACACAUAAGAUGAACCACGGGGUAGAAGAAAGAUCCCACAGCUGUCACCAAUGCUGUGAAACAUUCCCUAGUAACUCACAGCUUGUGAUUCACCAGCUGAGCCACCCAGCAGAGGCCGCCUUGGACAAGCCGUAUUCGUGCACAGUAUGCAGCAAGACAUUUGCGCUCUUUGCCACAUUGGCAGCACACGAGCGUACCCACAUGUCUGACGAUGAUGCCUACCGUUGCCCGACAUGCGGCGAACGUUUUCCAGAUAGCGGCAAGCUUGGGAGGCACCAGCGACGCCACUUGGGGGAGGAGAGGCCUUUUCGGUGUCCGGCUUGUGGCAAGGGCUUUGUGCUGCUUUCCGGGCUGCGGCAGCACCAACGCGACCCUCCGGCCCGGUGUCCUCAGUGUGGCGAGACCUUUGUGUGGCGCUGCCGACUUACCGAACACCGACGCAACUGCCACCCAGCUGAGCGCCCCUAUAAAUGCCCUGAGUGCGGCAAGGGCUUUGCACAGAGUUCGAAGCUCCUGCGGCACCAGGUGACACAUACUGGCGAGAAGCCAUUUAAGUGUCCUGACUGUGGCAAAAUCUUUAGCCAAAGCUCCAAUCUGGCUGAACACCGGCGCACGCAUGCCCCUGGCAAGGCCCACUCUUGUGCCAUCUGUGGCAAGGCUUUUGCCCUGGGUUCCUAUUUAGCCAAGCAUCAGGCCACCCACACAGGUGCCCGUCCUUUCCGGUGCACCGAAUGUGGCAAGGGUUUCCGGCAAAGCUCCAACCUCAUCCAGCACCAGCGUACGCACACAGGCGAGAGACCCUAUGUUUGUGCCUCCUGUGGCAAAUCCUUCACCCAAAACUCACACCUGGUCAAGCACCGGCGGGUUCACACAGCCGAAAGGCCGUACCGCUGCCCUGUCUGUGGCAAGAGUUUUCGGCAGCGUGGCAAUCUUGCUGAACACCAGCACCAGCAUGCUGGCACUCGCCCUUAUGUCUGUAGUGCUUGCGGGAAGUCAUUCCGGUGGAGUUCAGCUUUCUCUAAACACCAGCGUACUCACCUUGCCCCCUGACCUCUGACCCUGUGAGACAGGGAGGAAAGCAGGAAGCUCUUCCCCUAUAUUUGGCCUUCUCCAAGUACCAACAGAUUUUCCUACAGCAAAACAGGAAAUCCUUCUCUGUGGAGUUGUCUGACUUCAGACCAAAUGGGAAACCCUUCCUGUGAAGCUUGGUAUUCUUCAAGUACCAACGGACUUGAAUUGUGCCCUGAUCCUGACAAAAUCAUUACCUCUCAGCCCAAACGUUGCUUCUUCACAGUAACCUUGAAUAUAUCCUUUUGCAUCCUGUCCCCGAGGCCUGGUCUUCACCGAAACAGGAAAUGUAUUUUGAAACUCUAGUGGUGCCGACAGAAUCACUCUUUCCAAACUGUUGACUCUAGGAUUUCAAUUUAACUCCCUUCCUCUAAAUUUGCCCUAUGACCCUGAUGCUUUCUGGAGUUUUCCCAAGAGAGUAAAUCUCAUAGAUUUUUGUCUCA